CAGAGGUGGGGUGGGAUCAUUUCAUUCGGCGAGAGCAUAUAUAUCUGUAGAAAGUCACUGAGUAGAUCGUCGUAAAUAUGUGGUGUCAAACUAACCAUGAGACAUAUUAGCCGUCGUAAGAAUUAGGAUCGCCGACGCAAUCAAAAGAUGGUCUCGAUCAUCAAAAAUCAGUUGCUGAAACACUUGUCGAGGUUCACUAAAAAUUUAUCUGCUGAUAAGAUAAAUUUAAGUACAUUCAAAGGUGAAGGAGAACUGACUAACUUAGAACUUGAUGAAAUAGUCCUCACAGAGUUGCUAGAGCUGCCAUCGUGGUUAAGACUAACUAAUGCUUGGUGCAAUAAAGUUUCAUUUCGCAUACAAUGGACCAAACUAAAAAGUGUUCCUAUCUUUUUGAGUUUGGAUGAGGUUCAUAUAGAUGUAGAAACAUGUGAGGAUUUAAGAAGCAUGUCUUCCCCGCAGGGUGUAUCAUCGUAUACAGGCCCUGCAAAAUAUUCUUUUAUACAUAAAGUAAUUGAUGGAAUAACAGUAGCUGUUAAUACUGUAUUGGUUACAUUCAAAAGUCCUGCGUUUAUAGCCUCAGUCCAGAUGAAUCGGAUUAUGGUGGAAUCCAAAUCAGCAACAUGGCAGCGUUCUGAUCUUAGAAGCACUAGAGUGAAAGAUCCUGAUCGAGGACAAUUACUUAUUUUUAAAGAGUUAGAAUGGCAAACUGUUAGAAUAGAGGCCCAAAGUACUAAGGAUAAGAAUUUGACACCACUCCGUUUACUUACAAAUCAAGCAAGAUGUCGAAUUACUAUAAAGAAGAGGAUAUCAGAUUGCUUUGUUAUGGGCUCCAGGCUAGUAAUUAUUCUGGAUGAUCUUUUGUGGGUAUUAACAGACUCACAGCUGAAAGCUGCUCUCCACUUUCUUGAUUCUUUAGGUGGUCUUAUUGAGAAAGCAACUGUUCUUGAACGAAAAACCAAAGCUGCAAGGAAAUUAGAGGUUUUACCAGAAUAUCAGGCUCAAGUAUCUCAACAAAGCAGAACAAAAAAUCAAUUUAAUACACCGAUAUCAAAAGUGUUUACAAGAUACGACGUUGUAGAGACAUCUUACCAUUUUCUUUCACAACGUAUUGAUCUCCACUUAUGUGAUGAUGCUGGGGGAGGUAGAUCAUUACAUCCUGAGCUGAAAGAUGGUGGCGCAUUACAAAUUUCAUUAGUUAAAUUUCAAAUUGAUUAUUAUCCGUACCAUCUGGCGAUGGCAGAUAGAAAGCAUUGGGCCAAAUACAAAGAGAAUGUCACACCUCACAGCCAAUGGUUGCAACAAUCGUUCAGCUCAUUUCGAUUUCGAAGUCAGUUUAUGGAUCUCAUAGAUUCCGGUAGAACGCAACAUUCUCCUUUAACAAGAAGUCAAGGAAACGUAACAGGUAGCAGUAUAAAAAGCUCUGGAGAACAAUCAGAGAAGAAUAAUCAAUCGCAAAACGCGAAUGUGACACCGUCUGAACAGAAGAAGUCUCAACAUCCUAGCGGUAAUCCAGUGAAAAAUUAUGUCUUGGAACAACUUGCCAAACUAAUGACGACGUGCAUUAUUAUCAGGAUCGAUGAUUUUACCUUAUACAAAGUGACGACAACAUCGCGUAAUCCAAUACCAAAAGAAUUUAUCACAGCGCAAACGAGGAAGAAGCAUACACCAGGUGAUCGGGACAGAUUCAGUCUUCCAGAAGAUGUAACGAUACUUCAUGCUGAGUUCACAUAUUACUAUUAUCCGGGAGACAUUACCUUUCCUUUACCACCGCCCAAGUUUUAUGUACAACUUAAUCCGAUUCAAAUAAACUUUGAUGUGUGCUCGUGCCUUUGGUUUAAUUCUUUUGCAUUGAAUCUUCAUCAUUCUCUGAUGGGUAAAAACAAGCAGCUGAAUCCUUCGCGUUUGAUGUACUUUGAUGUAAAGAUAGAGGCUAUACUUCCAAGAAUAGUUUUCGAAAGUCAGCAGGAUUAUCCAAACCAGAAAGACAGACCGAAGUCCUUGCAUCUUCAAACUUCCAGAGCAUCUAUAACAAACGUUCGGUCAACGGAAAGAUCUUCGAGAGCGGACCUGGCGCAAUGUCUAAAUGCAUUUCAGAUGGGGCAGAUGUUCUUCGGUGCAGAGUUUCCGAGUAAAUCCGGAGAUUUUCACGUAGUAACGGAUAAAUUCAUAGCGCACUGCGGAGGCAACGAUAAUAUUAGGCAAAUACCGUCGAAUUUCAGUAGCAAUUCUAUAACCGAGCUACUUCGUCAGAUGAGCAGAGAGCUUUUGUGGACGGAGGCGAAGGAUGUGUGGUGCUGCAAUUUCGAACCUGUGUGGGGAGAUUUUCUCGGAGCACGUGCCGUCGGUCAGAAUCGACCUGUACCGUUUCUGGAUGCGUUUCCUUUAACACUAUGGUGUCACUUUACCAUGGACUCCUCAGCUACAGAAAAGCCUUCAGCCGCCGAUAUUCACGGGCUGGCGUAUAUAAGCAAUCUAGUUAGCGUACAGAUAAAUCAUUAUCAAUACUUGUUUUUACUCAGAUUGUCGGAGAUAGUCUCCGAGAUGGCUACGUACUUGGCUGUGGACUCGAAUAAGAUUUUGAAAAUCGACGAGAAGAAACAGACGCCGGAAACUAAGCACAGCAAGUCGGACUCGGGUUCGAACACGCCUUUCAUCCCGAAUAACUUUAAUGUCAAUCUCUCGUCUAUGAAAAAGGGAUUUAGCAAUUUAAUGACGUCGCUCGACUCGGCUCUGAAAGCUUCUCCGGAAGACGGCAGUAGCGAUACGAUAUCUAUGAGAAGCGACGUUAGCUCGGACAGCGAGAAUUACGUUUUGGUGAAUCUUCAGGAUCAGGGCAAAAUCGAUGCGGUAUUCGGCAUCGACAAUUCGAUUAGGAUAACGGCUGUAGAAGAGGCGACUGAAGUAGUAGAAGAAACGCCGGAUACGCAAAGUGAAAAAUCUAUGGACAGCGUAUGCAAAAGGAAGGACAUAGUUUCCAUGGCAACGUUUAAAUUGUCAAAAGUGGAAUUUGUGCAACAGUCUUGCGGUUAUUCAUCUGUCAUUAAAGUUCAGGUUUCUAACAUCGACAAUGACGAGUGUUCAUCCAUUCCUUGGGACGAGUUUCAGGUCAAGAGAAAGACCAAGUUCAGCUCGCGAUCUCGAGGCUGGAUAGAAUUACCGUCCGAUUCUGACUGCAGAUCACGUAUUAAAUUACGUUUGGAUCACGAUUUGAAAAAUGCGGAAGAUUCCCGUAAACUUUCGGAUGCCAGUCAAAAAGACACGGGCGAAAGUAGUAGGCGAAUAUCACAAGAUCGUGCUAGAUUGUCCGAGCAAGACGCACCCCGCACAUCCGUCAUCAAUGUGCAUGACAAAGAGAACGUUAUGAAUUUAUUUGAGGACAAAUUAGAGAUAAAAGUCGCUAACAUAGCAAUGACAUUGUCGAUGAGCUCGGUGACGGGCUUAGCGGAUUUGGCGGAGGACGAGAUCAUUCCUAAGCCAAUUCCCAUACAGAUACACUUAGAAAAUAUAUCAUUACGUUUAAACGAAGAUCGUCCGCCGAAUAACAUAACUUCCCCAGGCCCGAUCCCGAUAGAUUUGAAUAUUUCCAAACUUAGGGUAGCACGGGACACGAGCGGCGUGUUUCACAUCGAACCUGUUGUAACUACAGUAGAUGAGAACCGUUUGAACAAGGCAUUAUUGGGUGAUAAUAGUUAUGCUGUUAAGAAUGCGGAAUGCGAGAGAGAAUUGAACGUUCUAAGACAAUCUAGUAAGCAAUUGAAAUCGGAUAACGAAGAAUUGAAACGUCGUAUGGGAGCUCUAGAAAGAUUAUCGGAAGAAAACGCGAGAUUAAUGCGGAAUAAAGAGGAAUCGGAUAUGAUAAGAUCUCGUUUGAGCGCUGCGGAGGACGACAUCGUGAGUCUUUUAGAAGAGAAAAGAAUCCUGCAUGAUACUAUUGCGGAGCUACGAAAUCAAAAACUGGAAGGUACUCCUGGAGGUAGUAAUAGAACUUCGUGGUCUCUUAAGAGAUAGCAUACCAGUUGUUUCGAUUGCUCCAAGUGUUGCAGUUCUAAUAAGUCCUAAUCGUUUCUAAAUCUUUCUUUUGAUAAAUUUACGGUAGAUUUACGUAAAGCGAGAGAUUUUACAUUUAUCUAAAUAAAAAGCAUUGAUAGUACGUAGUAGUUUUCAACUUCACAAAUUAACAAAAAUUAGAAUGCUUAAUUUUAAUUUUUCUGGAAACGUUGUGAGGUCUAUAGUUAUUCCUUGAGACACAUUCUUGUCUACCGUAAUUACGCUAGCGACUGCCGUUUACAUCUUUUGCUUAAAACAUGAAACAGUGAUAAGAGUCUGUAUGUGAUGCAUAUGCAAACUUAAAUUGAGAAUAUCAGUUUUCUUUACCACGAAUACAAAAGGCGAUAAACUGCAAUAUUACCGUUUUUUUUUGUUUUAUCAUUAAAUCGGUAAUAAUGGUAUGACUUUCAGAUAAAUGGUAAAUUGCCUGUGUGUCCAUUGUUUAUAGUACAGCUAUAAAUUGCAUAGGAUUGUAUAUAUGAUGCACAUAAAUUUUAUUAAAUAUCUAUAGAUACAUACUUAUGUGGCAUACAUAUCUUUCUGAAAUUAGAGUAAUAGUCUUAGAAUAUAAUGAAGAUCUAGAUAAAUUAUAUGAGAGAAAACAACAUAUUUAGGUUUAAAUUAUAAACUAAAUUGACGAAGAAAUCCGCUAGACAUCUUGUUAUGUUUUUCCGUUUUUAUAGGUCGAUUAAAGUCUACAUACGUACUUGUGAAACCCGUGCCCAUACUUAUGUCAGAAGGAUAUGUAUGUGCAUAUUCUAUUUGAAUAAGCAAAGUGCGCUAGUCAGUAUAUUGCAAUGAUACAUAUUGGUUUUACGAUUUUAUUAUAUUUUGACAUCAAUUUCAAGAAUGUGGUGGUCCGUGAGAGCGUAUUGUGAAAAGCGCAAAGAUUUCAAACACAUGAUUGUAAUUUUAGUAAUAUAUACUAGUUGAGCCUACAGAUAGACUAUUUAAGUGGAUAUUGUGACCUCGUGGUAUUGCAUUAUAUCAUAUACAUAAUUUUAUAUUGACUGAUUUAAUGCAUCUGAUGAUGAAAAUUAAUAAUAAUAAUAAUACGGUGAUGUGUGGAACGUUUCAAUAAGACUGUGUAAAAUUCGAAAAGGUUGAUUUAUAGUAGUCGCACUAGAAUUCUCAGUGUAAUUUGUAUAAAGUUAGAAAUUAUUAAUUGGCUUGAUGAACUUUUAACCGAAGGAAUUGUAAUGUGAUGCUUUACAAAAGAUGAUCCCUUACAAUAUCUCUUUAAUUCACAAUCGCUCCUGGUAAUAGCUCUUUCUUAGAAUUUGAUUUCGCUAGAUUUAGUUUCUACGAUGGAUUGCUGGUCGAUCCUAUAUAAAUGGAAAGUAUUUUUUUAAUGUGUAUGAAUACAUGAUGCAAUUGAAGUUUGUUUCAUAAUAUAGACUUCUGCUGUCGAUAGACACAUCCGGUAUAUAAUGCAUUUUCACAUGCGGUUUCAAACGCGCGAUGCGUUCCCUUGACAAAUAUUGUUGCGAUACAAGUGUAGUUAUUACCGUAUGAAAUAAUUUGCGUUUUGUACGAUGAUACUGUAAUUGUUUGAGAUAAUGCAAUAGGAUACAGUUACCUUUCUAAUAUUUGACUAGUGAACGCAAUGCCUGAAGAUAGCAUAACAUAUAUAAGCUUAGAAAAGAACGAAAGUUGCAGUUUUUACUUUCAGAUGCAGAUAAACUUUUCAUAAUACACAUAUCAUAUUUAUGAAGGCUCUUGAAGGUUUUUCUUAUAUAUAACACAUUUACAUAGUCCGAUAAGAUUUUAUAUUGCAGGAACAUAAUAUUGUUAUUGCUUUUUAUUUGUAUCAAUAUUUUUAAUUUUUUUAAAUCUGUUUUAAAUCAACUUCCUAAAGUUUGCUUGUAUAGUUCCUUUUUCAAAAGUCUAAUUGCAUAGUUCUUUUUUAUAAGUACCAAACAUAUUUCAUUAUGUUUUAAA